CCUCUCGACACAGGCGCGAAGGUCAUCCCGAGGUCUCGAAAAACCACUCUAAAGGCCUUUCCACUUCUAGUCUGCUGACGUACAUAACAUUCUCACUUCUACAAGUUCUACCUCGCUGCCCCGCUUCCACAUUGUUUGCACGUAACCCUCUGUCUGCCUUCAGGCUCAGCAAAUCUAUCCCCAGCGCAUUCAUCUCAACCUUCCCACCCCAGCCCCCCUCACCAUGGCAGGCUCCCAGGCCAACACUCCCGAAAUGAUCUCGGACGGCAAGCGUAUGCGCAUGCUCUGGCAACCCGGUGACGGCGAUGGCGAGGCUGCCCCACACCUUAUCGAGCGCAGCACAAACACCAUCAAGGGCCACCCCACCUGGAAAAUCUUCACCAGUGACAUCCAGCUGCCCAUCAUCCGUGGCAGCAGAGAUGAGCCACCGCACUAUAUCUAUCUCGACGACAAGGCCUGCUACCUAGUCUACACUUCCAAGCUCUACAGCAACGACGAGCUGCGCAAUUUCUGGCCGUUCGACUUCGACCACCAAGGUAACAUCAAGACGGGCAGGAAGAAUAGGGGCCGUUCGGCUUACUUGGAUGACUCGGAGACGGAGUUCGCAAAGGCGCCGCUGAGGGGCAAGAACAAGUGGUAUGAGUUUUCUGGUGAGCCUGAGGUUGCGGAAUAUAAGCCCGUGCGGCCGAAGAAGGCGACCAAGAUGGAGAAGAUUGUUGCGGCGGAGCUUGCAGAGGAGGCCCACAAGGCGGCUCUGGAAGCACAAGAGGUCGACGACCAAAUCCAUUCUGAGGUAGGCCAAACUGAGGACGAGGAUGGUGUUGGCCACGUCACAACGGAGGCCGCUGCUACAGUCGAAACGUUAAACAUGGACACGGAUGGCAUCUACCCGUCUCUUACUAGCCUUCGCCGACCUAACUUGACGCCUUCUCGUCCCGACUCGAGCAACAGGCUCCAAUCUGACGUGCAGACUUUCGCCACGUCUCCUCGCACCCUCGCCUCUUCUACUCGAGCAACAUCCAGCGGCCUGGGUACCUUCAACCCCAAGCGUGCUUUCCGCGAAUCAUUUCCCCGCAAAGAAACGGACACCUCCCAGAGCACGCCGCUGAAUCGCACCUACAUCCAACCUUUCGAGAUCAGUUCGUCCGACACCAGCCCGCCUACUCCGCCAUCGAAACGUCUCAAUCUGGGCUCCGACUUGGCGCCGACGACACCUUCCUCUAUGCCUGCCUUCGGCGGCGAUGGAUCAAAUGAUGACGACGACGAUGCGAUGCUUGUUGAGCAAGCUCUUGCUUCUGCUUCAACCUUAGUCCCUGCUCCAGUCCACACAGACGAAGAGCCGUUGAUGAUGCGGAAGCUCCGUGCUCAGAACGCCCAACUCAAGACCCAACUAGAGAAAGAGCGGGAGACCGUCGGAGACUUGAAGCAUGAUAAGAAAGCUCUCCGGUAGGAGGCCUACGCCGACGAUCUUGCGAAGGAACGCACGCACUACCGCAGCGUUGUGGUGCAGCUACUCGCCAGUACUGCAGCCCACCAAGUUGACCUAUCAAACCGCGUAGUGGCCUUCCAGAAGGCCUCCGAUGCCCUGAGCGAACUUGGCGAUCAGAUCAAACUUCAAGCUGACACUUUUGCCAAAGAAAUCUCACCGACCAUAAGGCUC